AUGGAGCUCGUUUCUUCCCUUCCUCUCUCACGACCGCUGCCCAUUCUCCGGCCCUAUCCCGCGCUUCCACCGCUCGCCCUCCUCCUGCCCCUCGCCGCGCUCCUGAUCGCGAACCAGCGCGGGGCCCGUAGGAGCAAGAACGGCGCUCGCCUCCCACCGGGCCCGCCGAUCCUGCUGCUCCUCGGCAACCUGCUGCUCCUCGGCAACCUGCUGCUGCCGAGGCGCUCCUCGUCCGACGUGGAGGCCCUGCUCCGGCACCUCGUCGCGCGGCACGAGCCUGUCGUCUCACUGCGCGUGGGCUCCACCCUCUCGAUCUUCGUCGCCAACCGCUGCCUCGCACACGCGGCCCUGGUCGGGAGCGCGCUCGCUGACCGCCCGGGGAGGCCCGUGGGGGAGGGCUAA